AUGGGCAGCUCAUCAGGGCUCGUCGACUGGAGGGGAAGGCCGGUUAACCCCAAGAAGCAUGGAGGAGUGAGAGCUUCCAUCUUCAUUCACGCUCUGGUGCUGCUGAGCAACGCUGCCAACAUCGCCAACAUCAUGAACCUGGUGACCUACCUUCGCGGCACCAUGCACAUGGGGGUGGCGGAGGCCUCAACGACGGCCAGCAACUUCUUCGCGGCGCUGCAGAUGUUCUCCAUCCCGGCGGCCUUCCUCGCCGACUCUUACAUCAAGCGCUUCUACACCGUCCUCAUCUUCGGCCCGAUCGAGAUUCUGGUAGCUAGCAAAGGUGCUGGAUUUUUCCAUGAAGCGCUAGACAAAGGUGGCAUGGGUGCCAUCGGCGCGUCAACAGGAGCGGAAAAAGGAGGAGCGACGAGACGAUCAAAGUGGCAUACACAGCACAGAUGGGGUCGACACAACGGGGGAGGCUACAUCCUACUAGCAGUGCAAGCGCACGUCCCGUCUCUGCACCCGCCGCCCUGCAGUCCCACUGGCGCGCAGACCUGCGAGACGGUCCGUGGCUCCAACCUGAGCUUGCUCCUCCUGGGCCUCUACCUGAUCCCCAUCGGCGACGGCGCGGCGCGCGCGUGCCUGCCGGCGCUGGGAGGAGACCAGUUCGACACGGCCGACCCCGUGGAGCAGCGGCAGGAGACGAGCUUCUUCAACUGGUACACCUUCGCCGUGUCCUCCGGCGGCUUCGUCGGCCUGGUGCUCGUCGUGUGGGUGGAGAACAGGAGAGGAUGGGACAUCGGCUUCACCCUGUGCGCUCUCUGCGUGCUGCUGGGGAUGCUCAUAUGGAUGGCCGGCUUCCCUUUCUACAGGAACCAGCUGCCCGGUGGAAGCGCCAUCACAAGAAUCUUGCAGGUUCUUGUGGUGGCAUUCAAGAAAAGAAAUGUUCAGUUGCCUGACAACGCAAGUGAACUGAAGCAACUGAACCAAGAUGAUCACAAUGUCCUUGAAGAGCUGCAGCGGACAGAUGGCUUUCGAUAUACGUACUUGGCUGAAGCUAAAGCUUCCUACAGGUGCCUGGAGAAAUCGGUGGUAGAGACCGGAGAGACAGGGCCAUGGUCGCUGUGCACCGUGACCCAGGUGGAGGAGACCAAGAUCGUCCUCCGGAUGGUGCCCAUCUUCCUCAGCUCCGUCCUCGGAUACAUCCCGGUGCCGCUCAUCCUCAACUUCACCGUGCAGCAGGGGAACACCAUGGACACCAAGCUCGGCGGCGUCCACAUCUCCCCGGCCACGCUCUUCGUCAUCCCCACCGUCUUCCAGAUGGUGAUCCUCGUCCUCUACGACCGGUUCAUCGUCCCCUUCCUGCGCAGGAUCACCGGAUACGUGGGCGGCGUCACGCAUCUGCAGCGCAUCGGGAUCGGGUUCCUCUCGGCCACCGUGGCCACCGGCGUCGCCGCCCUGGUGGAGGCCAAGAGGAAGAGGGUCGCGGAGGAGAACGGCCUCAUGGAAGCCACCACCGGGAUCCCCAUGUCCGUCUUCUGGCUGACGGUGCAGUUCUUCCUCCUCGGGGUGGUGGACGUCACCUCCUUCGUGGGGCUCCUCGAGUUCUUCUACAGCGAGGCGUCCACGGGGAUGAAGUCCGUCGGCAGCUCCAUCUUCUACUGCAUCCUCGGGGUGUCGGCUUGGCUGGGGAGCCUGCUCAUCCAGGUGGCCAACCGGGUCACCAGGCGCGCCGACGGGACGGGAGGCUGGCUGGACGGCACCAACUUGAACAUGGGCAAGCUCGACAACUUCUACUGGCUGCUUGCUGUGCUUGAGCUGGUGUCGCUCUUCGUCUACACCUUCUUCGCCAGGAGGUAUGUGUAUAGGAAUGAGCAAAGGGUUGUGGAUGUGGACACCAAGGUUCCAAUGGAAGGUGCCACCUUUGGUGAUGUGAUGAUCUAG